GACACAACAGUUGACUGGAGCUGCAUGUAUCGACAGCCUGCUGCCUACCAGCUCUCUGCUGUUUCUAUUCCCUUGGAGGAGGACUGUUAGAUGGGAGAACCCUGGGUGGACACACCAACCCUCUGUCUGAUGGAUCCCUAGAGUGGCUCAGACAGAAGUGAUCUGUCAGAGACUUUAGUCACCUUCAAGUCCCGGUUGGAAGAGUCUGGAGUGAAGUUCAGGCACAGGAUAGUACAAUUGUCAGUCUGUGGUAAAUCCCCCAGGAUCCCAUGGCCACCCAGUUUACUCAGUACCAGUCAGAGCAGGACAUGAGCCGAGACUCAGAGGGGAGUGUCCAGAGCAGCUCUCUGCCUCCUCUGGAGCCAGUCCAUCCGAACCUGCAGCGAGUGCUUCAGAGAACAUUAUCACGGAAACGGGGAGAGGCAGAUCAACCCUGGGAGCCUGAGCUUGGCCAAGUCCACCACCGACAUUCACUCUUGUUACUGAGGCCCCUGGCCCAGUCACAGCCUGCACUGUCCAGCCGCGGUAAUGGGCCUGUGUGGAGGUCUCAUUGUCCCCUUCAGAGGACCCCAGGCACUAACAGCAUCAAUCGUCACCUUGAGGCCAGAAGGGAAGGAUCUGCCUUAAGGGUUCCCAGCCUCAAGUACCUGGAGCAGGUUUGUCGUCUGCUGGACAAAAUCGCUGAUCUUCAGGAAAGGAACUCACUGCUGAAACAAGACAAACUGCAGAUGGAAGAGAAGCUGAGGCAGAAAGAGAAACAGCUGGAGCUCCUUCAACAUUACUGCAGCUGUGGCUCAGCGGCAGUGUUCCUACAAUGGGCAGGACAACCUGGGCAAGAGGACCCUCAACUGCUCACCCACAGUUUCACAAGCCCUGUCCAAUGCCAACUCCCUGACCCAAUGCAAUAUCCCAGGCACCAGCAACAUUCCUCCUUACAGAAGAGGUGGGCGUCAGACUCAGGCACGCUGUGGCCAAGCAAUGGGAGCAGUGUGUUCCCUCUCGAUGAAUGUGAUUCCUGUCAGUCUGAGAGUAAGGAACAUCUGACCAGUGAUGUUCAUCAAGGAUCACAGACACACAACACUGGACAAGAUACUAAGGCUGGCUGGGGUCGGAUGAGGGAAAUCCUGCAUCGUCUGACGGAUACGUCCAGGACAAAGAGGACUUUUGUGACCAGGUUUAAAGGCUCUACUCAUCAGAAGCACCGACAGAAAAACCAAGAAAUUUAAAAGAGGGCUUCCAACCAAAAAAGACCAAGGUCCACCCAUCAACUAUGGAAGUGAAGAACAGCCAUCAUUUCACAGACCACAUAGCUGAAAUGAGAGACAAUUUAACCCAUUCUUGUGAUCUGGACUUUUCACCUUCAGACUUUCAUCCCCUCUUUGAAUUUUUUUCACCCAUAACAGCUGUGUCAAACUGUCUGUGAUUUGUCUGUUGUCAUCAUAAAUGUCUGUUUAUUAUGUUUGUAUAUUUAGGACUUUUGUAGAAUAGGGUUGAAAUCACAUUGUUAUAGAUUAGUAAUCCUUUUUUCUCUCUUUUAUUAAAGUUGUGUGUGUCCACCCCAA